CAUUUCUAAAGUAGUGCAUGUGGGAGUCCCUUCAUUAGUCAUUUCUCUCCCAACAGAUAGGCCUGGACAGUGUGAUGGAAACGGCUGCUGCGUCUGCUGCUAAUGCCAACAAAAAGGACGAAGUUGGAGACAUUACAAGGGAAGAAGAGUUGACGAGCAGUGAGGCCCUCACAACCACAAUGAGUGAAGACAACUCCCUCCCUACUUCCCUGCAGCAACAUCUCCAUGCAUUACAGGUAGAACAGUUGAAUAGUUAUUCAGAACUUUCAGUAGAUGUGGUUCCUCAGCAGGAAGGUGAGCAGGUACCGAGUACCAAAGUGGAGGCACAGUUAGACUUAAUCACUGAUGAAGGAGACCUUGGAUCAGCUUUGUCUGAACAGACAGAGGUGACAGUAGAUCCUGCUUCACAUCAGUCCACUGUAGAUACUGUUGCACCUUGUAAGGAAUUAGAAGUAGAGAUCUCUGAACACAAGUUAAUGUAA